AGUGCGCUGUGUAGAACGUAUAUCUAAGCAAACUGGAUACAUUAGGGUUCAAAUAUUUCCACCAACGGAAAAUGGGCACAGCGGGCGAUCGCCUGUUGGAUAUUCCCUGCAAAGUGUGUGGCGAUCGUAGCUCCGGAAAGCACUAUGGAAUCUACAGCUGCGAUGGCUGCUCGGGCUUUUUCAAGCGGAGCAUCCAUCGAAAUCGGAUUUACACCUGUAAGGCCACCGGCGAUCUCAAGGGUCGGUGUCCUGUGGACAAGACCCAUCGUAACCAAUGUCGCGCGUGUCGCCUGGCCAAGUGUUUUCAAUCGGCCAUGAACAAGGAUGCUGUGCAGCACGAGCGCGGUCCGAGGAAACCGAAGCUGCAUCCGCAACUGCACCACCACCACCACCAUGCCGCAGCCGCCGCCGCUGCAGCCCACCAUGCAGCGGCCGCCCACCACCACCACCAUCAUCACCACCAUGCCCACGCCCACGCAGCGGCGGCCCAUCAUGCGGCGGCUGCAGCAGCGGCUGCUGCGGGUCUGCACCACCACCACCACGGUGGCCACCUGCCCGUCUCCCUGGUCACCAAUGUCUCGGCCUCGUUCAACUACACGCAGCACAUCUCCACGCAUCCGCCCGCUGGUGCGGCACCACCCAGUGGCUUCCAGGGCCCCGCUCCACCAGCUGGCCACUUGCACCACGCAGCGGGAGGACAUCAGCAUGCCACGGCCUUCCACCAUCCGGUGGGUCAUCCGGGUUUGCCGGCUCCACAUGGCGGGGUGGUCAACGCACCGAGCGGUAACUCCAGCAGCGGCGGUGCUGGACCCUCGCUGACCUUCCCGCCGCACCUGCUGCACCACAACCUGAUCGCCGAGGCGGCCAGCAAGCUGCCGGGGAUCACGGCCACCGCCGUGGCGGCCGUCGUCUCCUCCACCACCACGCCCUACGCUCCUCCGACGGCCCAGGCCUCUUCGCCCAGCAGCAACCACAACCACAACUACUCCUCCCCGUCGCCCAGCAACUCCAUUCAGUCCAUCUCGAGCAUUGGAUCGCGCAGCGUGGGAGGAGGGGAGGAGGGUCUGAGCCUGGGCAGCGAGAGUCCGCGGGUGAAUGUGGAAACGGAGACACCGUCGCCCUCCGCCUCACCGCCCCUCAGUGCCGGCAGCAUUUCGCCGGCUCCCACGCUGACCACCUCCUCGGGAUCCCCGCAGCCAAGGCAGACUUCCCUGCACAGCCUUAGUGAGGCCACCACGCCACCCAGUCACGCCUCCCUGAUGAUCCGCAACAAUAAUAAUAAUAACAACAAUAAUAAUGGGGAGCACAAGCAGGCUAGCUACACAUCCGGAUCUCCGACGCCCACCACGCCCACGCCCCCACCGCCCCAGAGAUCAGGUGGUGGCGCCUCAUGCCCCACGGCGACGAGCUCCAAUGGCUUCCUGGAGCUGCUGCUCAGUCCGGACAAGUGCCAGGAGCUCAUCCAGUACCAGGUGCAGCACAACACGCUGCUCUUCCCCCAGCAGCUGCUGGACUCGCGGCUGCUCUCCUGGGAGAUGCUGCAGGAGACGACGGCGCGACUGCUCUUCAUGGCGGUGCGCUGGGUCAAGUGCCUCAUGCCCUUCCAGACCCUGUCCAAGAACGACCAGCACCUGCUGCUCCAGGAAUCCUGGAAGGAGCUCUUCCUGCUCAACCUGGCGCAGUGGACUAUUCCCCUGGACCUCACGCCCAUCCUGGAGUCGCCACUGAUCCGGGAGCGAGUGCUGCAGGACGAGGCCACGCAGACGGAGAUGAAGACGAUCCAGGAGAUCCUGUGCCGCUUCCGGCAGAUCACUCCCGACGGCAGCGAGGUGGGCUGCAUGAAGGCCAUCGCCCUGUUCGCCCCGGAGACAGCGGGUUUGUGCGACGUCCAGCCGGUGGAGAUGCUGCAGGACCAGGCGCAGUGCAUCCUCUCGGACCACGUGCGUCUGCGCUACCCACGCCAGGCGACCCGCUUCGGGAGGCUUCUGCUCCUCCUCCCCUCGCUCCGGACCAUCCGAGCGGCCACCAUCGAGGCGCUCUUCUUCAAGGAGACCAUCGGAAAUGUGCCCAUUGCGCGGCUCCUGCGCGACAUGUACACCAUGGAGCCGGCCCAGGUGGACAAGUGAAUGGGUGGCCACACGAAAUGUAAUCAAAUCGAUUUCGUAGGAUCUAAACA